AAUGUGCCUCUGUUCUCACUAGUUUAAUUAUAACGUUAAAAUUACCUGAUUUAAAUGAAAAAUAAUGUUUAUUAUUUAGUUGUACUUAUUUAUGAGAAAAUAUUUAAAAAUAUCUGUCACGAACGGCAGUGUUACCAAUAUAAGCACUGAAACUCAGAUUUUGAGUUAAAUAUAUUAUUUUUAUAAUGAUAAAGUUAUUUUUAAGCGUGUCUUUUUACGAAACUGCAACACUGGAUUUAUCUUUCGUUGGAUAUUAUAAGUAUACUACUUAGCCAUUUAUUUCAUAAAGCUGAGACGAUAUAUCACAAAUAUUUAUGCUAUAUGAAAGUCAUUAGAAUGAUACCUGUAACAUUUAUUUUUCACCCCAAGAAAAUAUUUGAUAAUUGUGGCGUAAUAAGAAGCGCACUUUAAAAUUAAAUUGUCUUUGUUUUCAAAAAUAAAGUAUUAUAUUAUUUUUUGACACACUUGCUCAAAACGACGUUUUGUUCCACCGAUUUUUGGCUUAUAAUCCUAGAUAUUAAACACGCGUGCUUUUUCAGUAUAUUAUAACACUCGUGCUUUUUCAUUAUAUUAUCCGACUGAGUUAAGAAGGUAACUGAUUGAAACGGAGCCUUCUUAAUUUGGUCGAGUAAUAUAUUUUUUUUCACUGUCUUGACAAAAAAAUCUAAUUUAAAAGUUUUGUUUUUUCCUCGCAAGUGUGUUAAAAAACGUCGUAUGAAACGCGUGUGCAUUGGUCAUUUACCCACAUCGGCUUUCUUAUUGCGCGCUCGCUUGCAGCUCGCGCGCACAAUAUCGCCUCGUGUGUAAUGACCAACUUAGCAUACUUGUAUCAUAAUGUACUAAUAAUUGUUAGUAAGAAUAAUUAUGUCAAAAUGUAUUUUCAUUAUUUUAUUUUUGCUUUUAUUUUGUCAGUGCCAGUUGCCAGUUUGCGUGGAAUUCUGACAUUUCCUGGUACGGUACUAUAGAGUCUGCUCGGAAAUGUCAGAAUUCAACGGAAUUAAAAUUUUAUGUAUAUGUUUUCCGUUUUCCCAUAAAUUAUAUGGUUGACUUCAUAUGGUUGGUUUGUUCCAUAGCUAAGAAUAACGUGACUGUUCCAUGAACUGUUAAAAUUUUACAUUCUAAGAAGAGUUAUUCAUAGGUAGUACUUUGUACUACCUCCUCUCAGUUUUACGAAAUAAAUGGCUACUAUACUUGUACUAUCCAGCGAAAAAUAUAGUUGGUCAAGCAAAACGUGUCAGUAGAAAAAGGCAACACGGCGGCGGGCGGCUAGUAACACUACGUUGGAAUUGUUCGAAAAUCGCGUGUCGUUUAUAUCUUAUCUGUGGAACUGUUUUGUUUACAUUUAGAUUUUGAUCAAGUUUGUAAUUGCGAUUUUCAAACACUUUUUUCACAUCAUCAUUGAAAAAUAUACAAAUAAGAGUGUGCGUUUUCUCUAGCAAAAUUUGAUGAGAAAUUAAUACAUUAACAGGUAUAAUUAUGUUUGAGCGAUAUGUAUAUGUAAAAUUGAAGUUAUGCAGUGAUAAGUGCAGUUUACUCUCAGUAACAAAUCGAGUAACUAGUUAAAUUCGAAAUUGAUAUAAAGAAAACCGUUUAAACAUCUUUCUUUUACAUUACAUUACCUGCUCCCUAAUAUAUUCAAAGACUGCAAAGAUUUUAUAUUGUUUCGCCAAACGAACAUCAAAGAGAAGAAAUCUUAAAAUAUUUGAAAAGUAAGUAAACAUAGCAAUUAUAAUAAUAAACAUAAUGGUUAUAACUUGCUAUGUAUUUACAUAUACACAAUAUCUGAUUAGUUCUUAUAUAAGUUAUGAUUGUUACAGGUUUCUCACUCGUCCUUAAAAGGCAAGGCAAGAAUCAAAAGUACCAAGUUUGUUGGCAAACUCUCUACUGAAGUUUAUUGUAAUUUGUAUGGUUACUCUUACAACAUCAACAGUGUAUAAAAAUUAAAUAAACACCAAAAUAUCUGAUGUACUUAAUUUAUUAAGUAUUGUACAGCAAAAUACCUAUAAAAUAACCUUAUAAAAAUUAUGUAAUCAAAUCAAAUCUUGGUAAAGUAGAUAUUUAUAUUUUGUUAGGUGUCUGAAAACACAAACCCACUUGUUGGCUGGAAAGUAUCAAAUUUCCCUGUCCUUCAGUACAAAUUCAAAAUUGUUUUUUUUUUAUGAUACAGAAGGCAAACGAGCAGACGGAUCGCCUCAUGGUAAGCGAUUACCGCCACCCAUGGACACCUGCAACAUCAGAGGGGUUGUAAGAGCGUUGCCGGAAUUUAAGAUGGGAGUACGCUCUUUUCUUGAAGGUUUGAAGGUCGUAUCGGUCCGGAAAUACCGCAGACGACAGUUCAUUCCACAGUUUAGCGGUGCGAGGUUGGAAGUUUGGAGAAGAAGAAGAAAAAAAAAGGUAAUUUUAUAGACAAUAUUUAUCUUCGUUAUUAUGGAUUAUAUUUGUGGAAAAUUCUCUAUAACAUUUAUGCUUGAAAUUUAUUCCCUUAUUCAUAAGCUAUCGAAUGGUUAUUAUUUUUUAAAUGUGCGAUAGGUAAAUGGACAGAUAAUGGUACAUUAACCAAGUGCAGUCGUGUUUGGCGCCAUAAAACUUAGAAGAGCUGCAUUUUUAAAAGGGUUGAGAAAAAACAUCGGUAUGGGGGGUGAUUUGUUAAUAAAAUUAAUCGUACUAUACGUGGUUAACGGCUCCACUAUGUGUGCACAAACACAUUGUAUAUUUAUCUACAAAUAUGUUUUUUUCUGGAAUAUGUAUGUCCCUAAAAACCUCCCAGCUCAAACUAAUUUUCCAAUGUCCAAGAAGCAGUACUUUGAAUACUAGAAAAUAUAUAACAAUUAAAAAAUCUCUUAUCGUUUUUCUUCGGUCUCUUCAAUUACGUCAAAUUUUCAUUGGAGAGUUGACCUCCUGACCGCUGCCGGGCCGCCGCUGACAGUUACGUAAUGGGCCCGCCGUUUGCCUAGUGCUGAUUCGACGAAACACUCCCCGGGGAACGAUUGGGUGCGUACAAACUGAAAUUAAUUUUGCUACUUAUACAAUGAAUACUCAGCUGCUGAAAUAAAAGAGACUAUGAUUACAUUUACAUAUAGACUUUCAAUUGAAUUGGGAAAUCAUAACUAGUUGUACGAACUCUAACGGAGUGGAUGAAGGUUCGUAUAGUUUUUUUACGCCACGAUGAGACCGACCUGUCUGGUAGUUACUUUACCCUUGCGUACUUUUUAUUGAAGAAUGCCAUUUUGUGUGUACGUAGGAAAACACAGUCGGAGUGAUGGCGGUAGGAUAUUAUUUAAUGAAAUGAAAUGAAAUAAUGAAAUAAAUGUUUAUUCAAAGACAAACCUUAAAACUAAAUCACAACUUCCGCCAAACCAGAGUAUGGUUUGUUGGCAGACGAGGCUCCAAAUAACAUUAAGUGAAGGUUCUUUGUCUUAUGUAGCUGGUAAUAUUCAUAUUCAUUUUGAAACGUGUGCGAUCAAGGGUACUUAGUUAUUGACAAUAUCAAUAGCUUCAGUACCGAGUAAGCAUAAUGUAUUUAUAUCUACAAGUUCGUGCAAAAUCCGACCAUAAUUUAUGGUUAGAUCUUGUAGUCUGUCAAACGUCUACGACUCCUAUAAUGUUAAGUUUUAUUAGGAUGCUUUUAAAACUUCUAUAAAGCGUAUUAUUGGUCGAUCCUGUAAAAUUGAGAUACUUAAAACUUCUUCUGCUUGACGAGCACAGGCUGGCGCGUAAGUAAUUACAAUUUAGAACUCGCGAUAUCUUUGUCGGAGAAAUACUUCAUUUCGUUUCAUUACGAUUUUCUAAGGCAGUAUAUAAUUACGAAAACUUAUGCCUUUAUGUUCUAUCCUAGAAAAUAAUGAAGAUGUAUCUAAAAAGUCUUAACUAUUGAAAAAUUAGGGCGUUCACCCUUAAUCCAUUGAAAGAAGGUGGAAAAAUAUUACCUACGCAUACCUAGAGGCUCGGGACGUAUACAUCGUUUUUAGUGUUCCGUACAAAACUUUGUUCACGAAACACUUAUUUUAGUCGAAUAUUGCUUUCGGUUGUAACAGCACGACAUUUUAUAUAAAUAAUUAUUGAUUAAAGUCGUAUUAAGCCGCAUUAUAUCUCUAUUAUUAAAAAUUAUUUUAAUUACGUUGGUUCUCCUUUUAGGAAACGCUAUCCCAUCAAAAACAUUUUAUGUAAAAUGUUGCCAAGACGAAACCAUAAGGCUCGCACUAUCAAAAAGUUAUCAGUGAGCCAUAUAUUUUGACGAAGGUGUAAAGUUUGUGAAGAGUUACAAGCUUGUCUACAAGAGAUCAGGCGUACAACCGCGAAAACCAGAUUUCGCAAAUUGCGGGGAUCUUUCUCUUUUACUCUCACUAAGACGUAAUUAGAGUGACAGAGAAAAAUGCCCGCAAUUGACGAACUUCGAUUUUCACGGUUGUAGGCCUGAUCUCUUGUAGACAAGCUUUUAACUCUUCACAAACUUUACACCUUCGUCAAAAUAUAUGGCUUGGCCGUUUCGCUACCGUCAAAUGGGCGUAAGGUGAAAAAACUCAACUCACUUUUCAUUAUUUUUUAUUAUACAAUAAAUACUCGUUGUAGUAACGAAACGGCCAAGCCACAUAUUUUGAACAACUCAAAUUUGCAUCAGAUUAAUUUGCCCCACAUGUGGAUGAAAUGCAACUGUCUCAUUCAUAUUUAAACAAUUAAGAGGGCCUUUUACCACCUGGUAUAGUGAAAAUGAAAUUGCUCAUUCGCUUGUGAGAUGUGAAUUUGUGAAAAUCUUGGGCCCCGAUGAAAAUAAAAUCAGUUGUAAAAUCAUAACAUGUAAUUCUAUAUGUACCUAUUUGUUGUACUCAAUUACCUACCUGCCCUAACUUUUUAGAAUCCAACCUAUUAAAACUUCGGUACCACAAAUUGGGCCAUAACUCAAUUUAUUCUCGUUUAUAGUAUUUGUUUCGCAUCAUAUGAUCAAUGUAAAGCAGAACAUCUGAGACGCGAGGCUAUAGGUACGCAUUAUACAGGUACGCGGUCGGGGGAGGCCGGGUGGAUUUGGCUAAAUAGGGAUGAGUCUAAUAACAAGGAUCCGGCCGGAAAAUGCGUGUGACAGCCACGAGGCGAAGCAUUCUUUUAUAAUAAAUCAAGGUGAUUUGUAAUCUAGAUAAGCUAUUGUCUCAAUUGUGAAUUCUAAAUAAUGCAAUUUACGUUUCAUGGACACAAUCACCUGAUAGACAAUAGACAGGAAAUGCGUUUCACACGCGAGCUUACCUAAUUUAGUAGGCUUAAUUUUCUAAAUUAAGGUUAAGCAGGUUUGUCAUUAAUUUGGUUUUACGGUGACAAUAGAAAUAUAUACGUGUACACAAUCUGUGAAAAUGUCAACUGUCUAGGUAAGUAUGUACGGUUUAUGAAUACAGUACGGUUCACAUGCGGAUAACGGAGAGUUCAGAGCCCCUAGUGUAAAUUUAUUCGAUUCCGUAACGUGACGUAGGUACGCGUUUGCGUUAUUAAGUCUCAUUUUGUAUGGGCUUUAGAAACGGCGCGCCAAGCGGAACGUUUCGGAAACUCAAAAUCCCAUAAAAAAUUAGACUUAACGCAAACGCGUACGUCACGUUACGCCAUUGAAUAAUUUUACACUAGGGGUACUGUUUGGCACUCUUCUGGAAGAAAACCCUAAAAUACUAAUUUUAUUAGGAACUAUCUUGUUUCGGAAGUACCUAGCUUGUGCCUGAUUGUACUUAUUGUAAGAUAAAUAAAAACAAACGAUACGCCAGUGUCAGUUUUUCGUUUCCGGAAGAAAUUCCGAAUAUUCGCGUAGACCCUUUUCCCAUUAUGUCGUUGAAAUUAUUUAUUAUUAUUAUUAUUUAUUAAAUUAAGUAUUUAUAUUGCCGUUGAUUUAUCUUCCGUGACGUCAACUAUGGCUAAUCAAGAACCCGAGGUUUGUCAUUUUUCGACAAAGGUUACCAUACGAGGUAAGUCCCGCCCAGCAUGUCACAUCACUAGCGGGGGAGUAUACGAGGCGCUCGUAGUACAGUAGGCACCGGAGGCCUGGCCGGACGCGCCCGCCCGUUCGCGCCCGAGAUUCAAGCUUCGGCAAACUUUUACAAAAUUAUGUGCUACUUUUUUGUGAACCGGUGAAAAACAAAUUAGAAGUAAAUAGUUUUCACUCGGUGAUGGUCCGUAAAAACUGAAACAGCGAAAGAAGAUCAGAGGGCAAGAUGGCCAUCAUCCAGUCUUGCUGCUGCUGGAGGAGCCUGCGCCGCGGCUGCUACGCCUCAGCCUUAUACACACUAGUGUACUUUUCGAUAACGAUAGUGACCAUGGGUCACUUCAUAGAGGUCGAGCAGCGCUACUUGAGCGGCGAGAUGACUAAUCCAGAAUCAGAAAGUUUUCUUGAGCCGGAGAAAAUAACACCAAUAACGGUGUCACUGAACAUAACUCUCCUGGCUACCAGCACGCUUGGCCUCAUCUCUUGCUGCCUGCUGAUCCUGGGUAUUUACAAAGACCUCAAAUUCAUGCUGCUACCUUGGGUCGUGGCCAUGGUUCUCGAAACCAUGGUGGAAAUGGUCAAUCUGGUCUAUCUGUUCUACUUACAGACGCUAAACUUCAACCCGGUCACUUCGUUCCUGUUUACGUUGGAUUUCUUUCUCAUCAUUCUUAAUAUCUACGCGAUUAUAUGCGUUAUAUCUCAGUUUCAAGAGUACGUGGCGGGCCGCGGCACGGCCGCUUUCGACUUCAAUGAUCGGCAACUAGCGUCAGUGCAAUACACGGCCACAGCUCAGCACACUACCACAACUAGUUCCGGCGGGCGGCGGCGCUCCGCAGGCCGCCCCAUGCCGAGCCGGUGUGACCCGGAGGAGUUCUCUGAAGCGCCCAAAUCUAUUGCGCGCGGGAGCCGGCCGAUGCCAAGUCGGCACGACCCGGAAGAAUUCUCAGAAGCCCCCGCAAAGGCUAUAACGUCGGUGCUGUCUAAACCCAGCCGUUCGGCGGUCAAGAAACACGUGCAGUUUCCCGACGAGACCAGCACCAUCGAAGAGGCGCCGGAGAUCGCCGCGCCUCAAGAGGAAACUGAGAAACCUGAAGGACGCGUAAUCAGCUCCCUGUGGAUGGAGCUGGAGUCGGAAGCGCCCGCGCCGGAGCGCUGACGCCGGCGCAGCGAGCAGUUCCACCGGCCGGUGUCGCGCGCGCGCCUGGAGCGCCGCAAGAUGUCUGCCGCCGGAGUGCCGCCCGCCGACGACUUCUUGUAAACCCACCUUCCUGAGCUUACUUGUAAAUACAUGUUUUCUCAACCCUUAGCAUUACGCCGCAAGGUAAAAAUGUAGCCAAGGUAAAUGUCCUAGUGCUCGACAUGUUAAUGUAUAGUAGAUAACACCCUUCUCUUGGCAAUGACUUAUGUUCCCCGAUGACAUGUACUAAGACAGUAACGAGCCCUCGGAUGUCUACCUUAAUACCUAACGACUUGGACUGUGCUACGAAACCUGUAUUCGCGAAAUUUGGUUGCUACAUUGAAAAUGGCUAAGGGUUGAAAGAACAACUUUAUACAAGCAUGUAAAUACGAUGUGCAAUGGGAAAGACUAUUAGGAUAGUUGAAAGUUUUGAAAUGAUAUGAUAGUAUUGAGACGAAGGCUGAUGUGCAGUGUUUUUUAGUUUAGGUAUUUUAACAUUGUCAAGAAUAACAACAGUCAAUAUAUAUAUAGAAUGUAAUUUAUCCAAUGCAACAUAGAAAACAUGCUUAAUAGUCUAAUACGACUUUUACGUGAAAUUCUAAUUCUACUAUUAUAAAUACAUUUACCUGAAAUUGAUGCGGUGUUGCGGUCGUGAUUUUUGCCAAAUUGACAUAAAAUUUACUUACAUAUUUACGUUAUGUACCUAAACUAGGCGACAAGAAUCACAGGUAGAAAGUGGUAAAAACGUCGGUCUAACCUUAUAAUCAAGAGCGUAAUAAUGUAUCUGUCUAACUUUAUUUAUGUAAAGUUAACUUCGGCGCCCCUAUUACACUAAGAUCGCUUAGGAUUUCCAUUAUUUCCGUUAGAUCGACAGAACGGCCAACGCUUUCACAACUGGCUUGUGCAGAAUGCCUUGCAUAUUUAUUAUUUUUACCUUCAUAUUUUUAUAUAUCAAACCAAAAUUAUAUGUUAGAAAGUAUGUCAAAACAGUUACAAAUUCAUUAUAACAAUGUAUCUCCCUUUCUAUAGAAAGUUAUCGACGGAAAUUAAAACCAAACCCCUUUUCAUCAGUAUUCAAAACUGCCUAACGGAGGAAUUAAUGCUUGAUUUGGAUAUAUCGGACAUUUGACCAAUACAGGUCACAACAAAAGGAUAGGUAGAUAAAAUUGCAGUUAUCAUGAAAUUGGUACGAAAGGUGCUAAUCUUAAUUAACUGAUUGUUGCUCCUUGACUUUUUGCUUAAGUGAGAUAGGUUACUACAAAAAUUAAUUAAAGAGGUGUAUACAAAAUGAUCCGGUCAGAGUGUAUUUUUAGUAAAAAUACACUCUGACCGGAUCAUUAAAUUUUUUUUACCUGAUCCGCGCUAUUUUCUCAUCGUAAAUUAUCAUGAUUUUUAUUAUUAUUUGCAUUUUGGUAGGCUGGAGUUUACCAGAAACAAGAAUAUCAAAACAGACACGACAUAUCACAAUACUCUGGCUGUAACUUAUGGAAAACAAAACCUCAAUACCUAACUGAUAAAAUCCUAACCUUUGUUCGAUGUAUUAACCUUUGGUUCACUGGCUGACGAAGCUAUUGUCUAAUAUAUCCAUGUUAUAAGAAACCAUAUUGUCUAUCAAAAAACGUAUGACUUACCUAUUUACUUAUCAAUUCAAUGAAACGCGACAGACGUGAAUAAUAUGAAGAUAUUCCCCGUGGGUUGCUUUCUAUUUGAUAAAUCCUCAUGAAUCUCAUACUCUGUUCAUACGUGUUCAACGUUAGAUGUAGGUACCUAUUUUCAAAGGAAUAAGAUACCAAAUCGAGUUUGAAAGGCCCCAGUUAUGAAGAGAUUUCUCUUUCAAUCCUAACAAUAAGAUAUACAAGGUGAAAUACAUUUAUCCACAUACAUAUACAUAAAACUAAAACGUCCGCGACAAUGCGAAAAUUGGUGGAGGCUUGUAAAAAUUUCUUAGCCGAUCAGAUGUGUGUUGCAAAUGCAUGAGUUUUAUAAUUACAUAAAUAAAUGUUAAGUGUAAUUUACCAGUAUCCCUAGUGUAAAUAAAUUCGAUUUUGAAACGUGACGUACGCGUUUGCGUUUAGUCUCAUUUUGUAUUGGAUUUAGAAAGAGCGCGUCAAGCGGGACGUUUUGGAAACUCAAAAUCCUAUACAAAAUGAGACUUAACGCAAACGCGUUCGUCACGUUAUGAUGUCGAUAAAAUUUACACUAGGGGUACUGACCAUAUUAGUAAUAUCGUACAUAUCACACUUUAAACUCUCGCGUUUAGUACACAAACUUAAUGUCCUUAACGGGUCUAACACGAAAAAAUAUUUAAUUUUACCUUUUAUCCGAUGUUUCAGCCAGGUUGCACUAACUGUGAUCAAGGAAGGCUCGUCUGUCUUCCGUGUCUCAUGUUAAUAGGCAGUCACACUCGAAAAAUUUAAUCAAGUAUUAUUUAGAUAUUUAACACUUGAAAUAUAUCUUUCGUCGAAACAUAUUAUCUUUUUUUGAUAAGCUUUUUGGAUCUGAAAAAAAUUGUGACUAUUUGUUUAUUUUGUUCUUCGCUAGCGCAAUUACGGACCGUAAUUGUGUAGAAAGCGACCAACUUUUUAUUUUUGACAAAGUGACUUACACCAUAACUCAGUGGCUUUGGUUGGUUUCUGCAUUGAUAAAAAAAUGAAGUUGGUUCUUUUCUGCAUAUAACUACGGUAAAAAAAAUGGAGUUGGUUCUUUUCUGCAUAACUACGGUAUAUUAUGUAUGUACGCCCGAGUCCCUAUAAUUUAUCUCAACGUCCCUGAAUAUUUAACUAAAAUAGAAAAAUUGUGUAUAGAAUUUUCGUUCCAGGCAUAUUGCGAUUCUGUAGGUAAUAAUAUCCCAUCGAUUCCAUAUAUAUUUUCAUAUCGUGAGCCAAAUACAUUCGCAUGAUUUAAGGAAGCUUGUCGGCAACUUGUUUGGCAAGAUUUACUGCCGGGGAUUCGAUUUAGAACUUGUUACUUUGAAUCAGGUUACUUAUCUAUAAAAGAGGGGCCCCAGAGCAAGCGAUUAUAGCCUUAAAAAUGGAUAAGACAAGGCUUUGUUUCGACUCCUGUAGUUUUAUUAAUUAAAUAGACACCUUCAGAAUAACGAUUACUCAGCACCGAGACAAACAUCGUUAAAUUAAUAAUCUCUAAUAUUUUUGCUAGUGCGCUAAGACUACUUGAACAUUGGCCAUAAAAUGAGGAUCGCUCUACCGUAGGCGGCAAGAGCGUAAGUAUGCAAGAGUUUGAUUAACACAUAGGUCCUUUUUUCUACUCUCAAGGACUGAGCUAAUAUUUAUUGCUCAAUCCGCCCGGCCAGAAUUCUGAUUAGGCGUUUUUAUUUUCUCAUUUACGAAUUUGUGCCUGCACGCUGAAUUUCGAUGAGGCUUUCUACUUCAUUAUUGAUUUUGGAGGUCGUUACUUUAUUUUAAAAAGACUUGAUUAAUCUAAAUUUUAAUAAUAGGAAUAUUUUUUUCGAUUCACCGCAUCCACGAGACACUUUACAUGAAAUCGUUAUAAUGAAAGCCACAUUAUACACCGUGUUUUUAUUGAAUUCCGUUAACUUCGGGGUAUCGGUAAGUACAUUUAAGGAAACUAAAUGGCAUAGGAAAUUUACAAAAAAACUUAUUUCAUAUUUUUUUUGAUUAUUUUGUUUUUUAUAAAAAAAAAAUGUUGCUAAUAGCGUUGUUGUAACACGGGCAUUAAAUUUAAAUCAACCAAGCAAUUGAAAACUGAGACAUAUCAAUGUCAUUUCGAACACCGAUCGUCCGAGAUGGUAAUUACUUACGUUUAGUAGUAAUUGUAUGAACUCGUCCUAAACACUAAUCAAUAUGUAAACAAGCCCUAAGGCAAGUAUAUACGCUCGUUAUGGCCUUAUAAGAUAAAAAUUGAUUAUUGGUUAUCUCCGAAAUGGAGUUAGUUAGAAUACCGGUGUUUUUGUGAAAGUUACUUAAUUUAAGCUCAGGAAUGCACCCUUGAAAUUAACGGAAGUCAAAAAAACACGGUGUACUAUAUACUUGAUAAGAUAAAUAAAGUUUAAGAAAAAAACACGCGGUUCGAAAAAUAAAGAAAAAUGUAUGCUCGAAUAGAUAGCGAUACACCUUUGGUCUAUACUGUAAUAAUGGCAACACCGUUUGAUAUUCAACACAUAUCAAAUGAAAGAGUAUGGGUCAAAUAGUCAUAUGUCAUUCUAAGAUUAGUUCUGUGUCGAAAUAUGACAUUAAAUUUUGCUGACUAUAAAAGGACAUCAUCGAUUUUGGGCCCGGAGGAAAAACCAUCGCCUAUAUAAUACAGAAUAUUACAGUAAUUAUAUGGGCAUUUUAUUACGGAAAAAAUAUAUAAUAUUGGUGUAAAUGAAAUUGGAAUUAGAAAUACAUAAUAACAAGAUAUUAUAUUAUUCAUAUCCGUAAUUUAACAUAUUGAACAACAAAAUGAUUUCCGUCGUCAACAUCUUCAUCAACAUUGACAUAACGCUCAACUUCACACAAACCGUGAGGUUAUUUUAUUAAAAAGGUAUAGGUACGAGUAUAUUAUCUUUGCACUAAACUUCAACACUUCAAAUCUGUAUUCUAGUUCGACACUAACUACCACUAUCUCUGUCAUAGUCUCAUAGUUGACAUACGUGCGUUUCGAUACUAUUAAAAAUAUAACAGUAUCACUUAUUUCAUUAUCUAGUUUUUGUACCUAUGUUUAAAUCACAAACGACUUAAAAUACUUAGAAUUAAAUAAAGUUACUUUUCUCUUAAUUUUGGUUUAAAGUUUGGAGAUGUAAAUGUAUUCAGUAUAAUGAUACGUAUCAAUCUUUUUCCAAUCUGUCAAAUAUUUGCAACCAAGGCCAAUCUUAAAUAAACCUUAUUAUUGUUGAAAAAAGUGUUACAAAUGGCAAAUUAACAAUAUGUUCACUUUCAUUAGGAAAUAAUGUGCUACAAAUAAGAUCAAAAUAUUACUUUAUAUUACAUGAAAAAUUCCGCACUUAUUUUAUGGAGUGUGAAUAGUAGCACCUGCUUAAAGGUUUUUCUUUCCGGAUUCAUGUUUUCACUGCAGGAUUUCUCCAUAUUCCGGUUUUAUUUCGUAAUUUUGUUUUUACCAUCGUAAUCUAAAGAUUCUGACGAUUAAUAAAACGUUCGUUACAAUCCAAAAUGCUCCUGUUUGUUCUGCGCCCAAGUGCCUAAGCAAAAUCGAUGAUCUCCUUUACUUUGAAAUUUUAUUACGCCUCUAUAGGUACCCAAUGCUCAACACUUUACGCGUUAAGGCGUAGCACGUUUUUUACUAAAAGCUAGCUCGGAAGAGUAAAAUACAAGAGAGCACUUAUGCGGUUGUGCCGCUGAUGCGGAUCCCUACGCCGCUCCGGUGUGUAAGCGAGACAUCGCUAUGAACAGUAUGAACGUACAUAUAAUAUAGCGAUAGCGACGUCCCGCUCGCACACUGUGUGAGGAUCCGCAUCCAAUGUGAAAACCGCCUUAAGUUAUUUAAAGUAAUUUCUAGUUUCUUAUUUUCAUUUCGAACAGAUGACAUUGCUUAACGACUACACGAUUACAUAAAGUUCGCUCGAUAGAAAGUACGAACAGCCCCGUCGACCUCAUUUGCCCUCCAGGGCUUAUUAAUAAGGCUUUUUGAUUCAGGAUGAGUGGAAAUUACGUGAAUAUUACAACAGCUUCAAUUAAUUAAAUUCUGUUGCAGUAACCAUUAAAAACCUAUAAUGGGAGCAGGAACAAUGUUCGGCCAAAAGUUAGUACAGUAGGCAACUAUAAGCACAUUAGUAAUACUUCUGGAUGAUUUACAUACAUAGUUGGGACAAAAACGUUUGGGAAAACCAGCAUCUUUUCUGUGGAACUUAACUUAAAAGUUAACGACUUCGAUAUGUCGUGGCCAGAUCAUAGAUUAUGAUCAUUUCAUGAAAUGCCAUUUUAGUAUUGUUUACUUCAUGAAAUGAUUGCGACGUCAUGAAAAGAUCAAAUGAUAAAUCUGGCCACUACAGAGAUAAGUACAUUAUUCUAUAUAGGCUUUUAUGAUACAGCUUUCAAGAAGUAGGUGGAUUUAACAUGCCUAUUUUAUGUUGUCCACAGGAAAGACGCAUAACGUUAAGGCCUGUACCGAAAAAAACAUUAAAUUUCACGCCGCUGUCAUUUUGUUUCUAAGUAAGAUGUUUACGGCUUUCUUACCGCAAUAAAAAGUCUUAUUAUUACAUUCUAUACUCCAAUAUAAAUAAUUCCGGUUUUACGUUGUUCGACUUUACACCGGUAAAUAGAAAAGAUCACUAAAAAUUUAUCUUUUCCAAAUAGCAAGAAAAUAUGCCAAAAAAUCCUUCAUGCCUCAUUUCGAAACACUUAAAAUUACCUCGAAAAUUCGUGCAUUUCAUAAUAAAAACUAAUUUAGUAGUCUCUUGAACAGAAGCUUCGAAGCGAUAAAUCUCUAGGAACAAGUGACCCUGGGGCCAUCACGAAGAUUGUUAAUGGAAUUUGCGAAAACGAAGCAUACCUGUCAUAAUUAUCGUAAAAACUGGACUACUCCAGUUUUUACGAUAAUUAUGACAGGUAUAUCUACAUAUGCGGCUAAAGUGCAACUAACUACGAUGAAAAUCAGUUCAGUUUUUCGUACGAAAGUUAGGAUAUCUAAAGUUAUAGAAUAUGUGUGUUAGUACUUAAUUCUAGGCCAAGUCGGAAAUCAUACAAUUUCCCUCGUACAAAAAUCGCAUUUGGCAGUUGACAUAGAAUAGAGUAAGAGCUCUAAACAUCAUGCAGAGCCGUUCUCGCAACUAUUAUUAGGAUCUAAUCAAAAGUGUAUUAAAAGAGAAGAAUGAAACAGCCAAAAAAACAUUAACAAUUCCAGCAGGUGAUGGGAUGCUGGUAAAUAUGAAAAACUGGUCCGUAAUAAGCUGCCGCUGAGUGCGUUAAGAAGGAGCUGCUUAUCACUCCUACAGCACAAAUAAUAAAUAUAAAAAAUGACAAUUAUCUAAAUUGAAAGUCGCUUACUGUAGUUAUUCAAAAAUCCUUAGUUUGUUCUCAAUCGCAUCAUUUUUUUCACAAACACAGUUUUUUUCGGUACAACCAUCACCCAUUUAACUCAUAGCUCAUCCUACGGAAAUGUUUUUAUUUGAGAACUUACGAGUAAAGUUAUACUUAGGUAUGACUCUCAACAAAUGACGAUCGCCAAUUGCAGAAACAUAAUAGGCAUUUGAAACAUAACUUGCUCCCCGCGGUCCGAAAGCGGGCCUUUGACGUUUCUUUAAUACCCAAUGUUUAUUUCAUUUUGCCGCCCGUGACUUCAUAGCUGAUACGAUUUGAUGAUUCAAGAAACAUACGAUUGCGUAUACCGUUAUAAAAACAGUAUUAGUCUACACAUUGUAUGGGUUCCCACGACGACCGCAAUAAUAUUUUCGAGAAAUGGGUCCCUGGUCUGUUGCGUUUAAAAAUAAACUUCAGGAGUCACUCCGGUUUAAUCAAAUUUUGCGUAGGACCAUAUCGGAAAUCGCUCACGCCCACUUGACCUAUAUAUAAAAAGAAUAUCAAGAGCAAAAAUAUAUAUUAUAUUAAGUCUGAUAACUCCCACACACUAGGAGGAUAGACAGAUUUAUCAAUUGUUAAUAUUGGCCGACUUAUUAUUACUAUUAUUAGUUUUCGGGCUGUUCUUACAUUGAACUAUUAUUAAUUUGUUUCUUAGUAAUACGUUACGUUGCAAUGAAAGGCCUAUGUACCUAUAAAAAAAAUGUGGAUAGUAAUUAUGUUAGAAGUUUGCCACCAAAAAUACCUAUGCCACUAAACAUACCUGUACUUAAACAUAGUUAUCAUAUAAAAGACAAACAUGUAAAUAUCUAAAACGGAAAAACUUGCGUAUCACAUGAAUUUUAUAUCCAGUAACAAACACUCCACUGUCAAUCGAUUCUAAUGAAUUUUAAUUUUGUUCAGCCGUUUAGGCUACAAAGCGUAUCAAAAAAACAUGCGCAUCGAUUGUAAGCACUAUAAAUAAUAGUUAGAUGCAGGACAUAAUAUUACUACCUUAUUAAAAAUUAUCCUUCCUUCGUCUGUCCGCAAAUAAACCACCUAUCUAGUUAUCAUCUGACCUUCCUCAUGCAAUCGUAUCCGCCGUGUGAAAAUUGUGCGAAAUUAAAUAAACCCUCCAUCAGUGUCCAAUGGAACGAAAGACAAAAUGAAGCAAACAGUACAUAAUUUAUUUAUGCGGCAAUUAUUAUUAUAAUAAGGAGGCGCGGAGGAACCCGGGUGCGAUGUGGCUUGAAAUUAGUCUGAAGUUCCCUUGCCACGGAGACUCAUAUUUCACAGUCGUUCCGCUAGAAACCCACAUUUAUUAAUGCUUUAACAUGUAUUACAUAAAAUAUUAUGUAGAGACUUUGAAUAACAAGAAAAUUGUACAAAAUAAUAAUAAGGGCAUUAUGAUGCCUACUAGUUAUUUGUUAUGCAAUGAUUGUUGUGUUUUUAUUAAAAAUCAAGAAAUUCAAGGAUUUAAUGUUGAAACCACGAAGAAGCGAAUGAAACAAAAAGGGCUACAGCCCUAAGUGUUACGAAGUUAUAUAUUGUAUUCACCUUAAAAUGAGAUGGAGCCAGAAAAUUUACUUACAAUAUCCAGUCGACUGUAAUCUCCAAUUUCUUAAAAGAUUAUAGUAACUUUUAAUAUUAACGUGUGCAAAGCAUGUUUGAUAUUGGUAAAUAAAUAAUUAUUUCCAAUUACCUACCUUUAAGCAGUCCUUCCUUAGUCGCUGGAAGAAUUUUAAGGGUGUAUUCCUGAAUACAUUAAAGACCUUUGAAGUUCUCUUAAUUAUUUCAACGCUCAAGAUAUUAACCUUUUGAACGCCGCUUAGGAUGUCAUCGAACUUGCCCGUGUCGCCGCCUAUACUAAGUAAUAACAAACUGUGUAGUGCUUGCCACAUAACUUACGAUAAAAUAUUUUAUUGUUUAUAGUUUACAGUGAUUAACUUCAUUUUUUACCACCUUAUCAUUAAAAAAAAAUAUUAUAAUAAUUAAAUCACGUUUACCAAUGUCUUUUUUAUGGUUUCGUCCCUUUAUUAAUGGAUUGAAUCUGUGAAUUUUACCAGCUAUGCAAAUUUAUUGAUGGACUUUGCUACAUCACUAUUAUUUUUUAUUUCGUAUCUGUGACGUCAUGAGCGGUCUACUAUUUCAGACAUUGGCGAAGGCUUCAUUGUAUUUUCGUUGAUAAGUUGACACUAGUAGGGAGAGGAUUGAUCACAUUAGAAACGUAUCGAAUCUGAAAAUUUCAACGUUGUUUGGCAUAAUAAAUUAUAAAAUUUUACACAGUAACACAAUUCUUUUGAUAAAUAAAUAUUGUAAACUCAAUAUUAUUAUAGUAUUCGAAGUUUUAAAACUACUAAACAGUACCUUCUUAUAUAUUUUGUUGACCUAACAUAACUUUGAAAUAUCGAGUAAUCUACACCACUAAAAUUUUCUAAGUUAUAUCUUUGACGUCACAUGCGGUCUCAUUUUUAAGACGACGGCGUAGUCUGUAUUGAUUAUUAUUGCGGAAUAUAAUAACUUAGUAGGGAUUACCGAUGAACCACGAUAACAGAGUCUCGCCUUAUUUAUCGAUUCAAAUAUCUAUCAUCGAUGAAAAAAACCGACUUCACGAAACCCUGGAAGGUAGGCACUAGUACAAUUCAAAUAUAUUUAUUUCUAAGUUCAACUUUGAAAACGUCCAAGGACUCAAUAUGUCCAAGUGUCAAAAUGUCCAAGGGUCAAAACAUCCAUGGAAUCAAAAUGUCCAAAGAGUAAAAUGGUAAAGUGGAACUGCUUGGAUCGGGAUCACAAUGACAAGGAUUAGGUACUCGAUCAUUUACUGCGAGGCCAUCAUGGCAUGUCGUGUUGCUAGAGUCAAGUUUCUGGACGCUGAACGUGCACCUAGAACUGUAGAAGGAGUCUCUGCAUGGCAAUUGCGUAUGAAGCGAAUGUAUCAACACUUGGUGUGGCUACUUAAGUCAUUGGGUAACUUGAUUCAGUUAAGGACAGAUUCUGGUUACGGCAGAUUAUUUUUAUGACAGAUUCAGUCAUGGAAAAAGUGUCUACCAAAUCUAUCAUUCAUGGAUCUAUAAAAUAUUAUAUGUAUAGACAAUAUAGUAGGUGACGCCAAACCGCAUCAGACCGGUAGGUCAGGAUUAUUGGUAACAAUCAACCAGGGUCGCGUUUUAUAAAGCUACAAAUUACAAUUUACAAGCGUCUAAGCUCUUUCUAUCCUCUUGUGUUUAAGGUAGACAGUUUUUUACGGUUACCUAUGGAUAAAAAUUAAAAUUCUUAAAUUAUAAUUUUUUAGGUUUAAAAAAAUUAAAAUAAAAUACUAAAAUUCUAAUUAAUUCUUCAGCGGAUGACAUUGUAGAAUAAUAGACAACUUACGUCAUAUAUUUAUAAGAACAUAUCGAAGUGAUAAAAUAAAAUAGGUUAGCUAAGUAAGGUCAGUCGCAUGCAUAAAUCUUACGUCGUAAAUCUAAACAUCGAAUGAGAAAGUCAACGUAGAUAUUUCAAUACCAAUCAUCGUCACAUCACUGGUGUCUUUUAAAUAAGACUUUGGCUACGAGACUUGGGGUAAAAUCAUACAUAAUCUAAUGGUAUAAUUAAAGUUUAUUUUCAACUAGAAAAUAUAAUAAAAUCAACAGAUCAGUCUCACUGUUACUUAAUUAACAAUUACUGCGACUUACUUAUGCAAAGAACCAAAGUAAACUUUAUUAAAGUAAAGAAUGUCUUGAGAAAAACAUGAAAAAAAUUGUCUUAUUUAUCAGACUGCGGCGACACGAGCUGGGUAUUGAUUGUCUGAUAUAUCAGACUACGGCGGUCAAAAGGUUAAUCAUCAUCAGCCAAAAGACGUCCAGUUCUAGAUGAAGGAAUCCCCCAAGAAUCUCCACAACGUCCGUUCCUGCGCUCUCCGCAUCCAGCGGUUUCCGACGACCUUCACCAGAUCGUCGUGAUCGUCUUCCAGUACGCGAUCGCCACUCGAGAACCUUUCUACCCCAGCGGCCGUGAGCCGUCAGUUCUUCGAACAAUAUGCCCCGCCCACUGCUACUUAUGUUUAGCGAUUCUGAAGACUAUGUCGGUUACCUUGGUUCUCCUGCGGAUCUCAUCUUUUCUGCAGAAUAGCUAUUGUUCUUUGAGUGACUUUGAGCCUUCUUAUGCAUAAGUCAAAACUGGCUCAUUUUGGAACCUCGAUUUGGAAACUCUGCUGAGGUCUUCGAGCAUUGUACUUAGGUCCUUAAUGGUCUCAGCCAUUACCACCAUAUCGUCGGGAAACCUUGUGAGUGACCUUCAGAUAAUGCAUUUAAAUAAAUAAAAAUUGACUGUCUUUUAAUUGCAAUGUUACGGCUACUACGGACUUGCUAAUCCACAGACACCAAAGAAGCAAAGUACACUUCACUUAACACUAGAACAGUCGCUAAUAGGUCUGCUGGACCUUUAUUAACGCUAACUUGCUCGUUAGGUAUUGAACGACGAUGUCGUUUUUAGUACCUUCAAGUGAAAGUUCGUCGCGUCGAUUCGUCAUUUUUUUUGUCUGUCAGGGUGUCACAUUCACGAGCAACGGACGUCUGAAGUGUCUAUGAGUCUGUUAGACGUAUGUAAAAUUUUAGCCAUUUUUGAUGAAACAAUUCUAGUAGGUUAAGAAAAUCUAGUUUAUAAAAAGGGAAAUAAAGAUCUCUGAAGGUUAUUUACAUUACAUUUGAACGCGCUAAAAAAUAGUUAAAAAUGUCACUUAUAUUUCUAUUUCAAUUCAUAACGCAAGUUACAUGUCAAUUUACAUUAAUUAUUUACAUCUUAUGUCUAUUUUUAUAUAUCAACAACAUUAAUAAUAAUAAUAAGUUACCCAUUUUAAUAAUCACGUCAAAUUCUUCUUCAUUCAUAUAUUCAUCUAAUGAGUAAAAUGAUAAGUAUAGAUUUAGAUUUGAAUAUUUUGCGAAUAUGCGCUAAUUAAAACUGUUGAUUAUUAUUUCAUGAAUGCUCUAAUAAUCUAAUUUAAGGAAUAUUAUGUGUAUAACCAUUGUCUUUAAAGAGCUUUCAUUUUAUGGUUAUUUAAAUGACUGGGUCCAGUGGACCCCAAAGCGACUAAAUGCGUUUCAAACUAGGGCGCGACUGUUCUAGUGUAAAAUUUUAAUUAGCUACAGUUUAAUUCAUUAUUAAAUAUGAUAUAUUUGGAACUGAGCAACAAGAUACAGUAGUACAUUCUGUAUCUUAUUGCGACUAAAUAUGUACUUAACUUUAUUGUUGCAAGUUCUAAUAAUUCCGUCUGAUUUCCACAAAGUAGCUCUUAAUAAUGUCAGUUACAUAGUAAAUUUUUAAACUUUAUAACUACACUUUACAAUAUUUCAAUACCUAUCACUGAAAAAACUUUACAUUUCUUUAAAGUAAAAUCAUGAGGCGGAAAAUAUUUAGCUUAUUAUUAUUUCAUACGAAAGGCGAUUAUUUGAAGAAACCAACUGUAAUUUUCCAUUUCCCGCUUAAUCUAUCUCCAGAAUCAUAACUUAAACAAUCAGUCUCUUCUCAACGGUUUUUAAGCCAUCGCCAUCGUCAAUAAAAACGCGCUUAUUUGGCAUCAAGUACGAACUUGACAUUCGCUAACGUCUGUGUAACUUACUUUCUAUUCAUCUCGCUCGUACUGGCAUAUUAGUGCGAGCGAGAUGCAUAGAAAGUAAGUUACGCACACGCUCGCCAAUAUUUCAGUGCCAGGUCAGCGUCAAGCUCGUGAUAGCGUAACCGUAUAGGUAUAGAUCUGACGAAUGCCACUCUUCAAUGCACCACGCAAUAAGUUAAUAACGUAGUUCAUAGAAGGUAUCAUUAGAAGCGCCUGUGCGUUCUAUGCGUUCUUAUUUUAAUAAUUCAAAAAUACCAAAGACUUAGUAUCUGAUACCAAGUGUUUAAUGAUGACAUGGCCACAAAGAGUAUCUCACGGACAGGGUAAAGCGAAGCUAUUCAAGUUUGUGUAAGCAAAUAAUAAAAUGUAUAUAGAAUAUUAAAUAUAGCUUUAGUAUCGAUAAAAAAAUGUACUUUUAUGGAAGUAUGUGUUGAAACCAAAAUUCGUUAUAGUAGAACGAAGUAGAAAUUUUAUCUAAAGAAUUUAUUGACUUGUUUCUUAGUUAAUUAAAAUAUUUAUUAGUUUUAAAAAUGCAAAUUGUAAAACAAAAACAAAUCAUUUUAUAAAUUGAUGUUAAAGUAAGACAGGAUAAUGAUACCCAUUCACCAAGAUCAUUUGACUGGAUCGCCUGUAUUUACAGAUAUGCAAGUAGCGGCUAGUUUCCAAAAAGUUAAAACUACCUCGGAAAUUACAGGAUAGCUUCACAGGAAACCGAGGAAACUUUGGAUUUGGAAAUAGAAAAUUUCGAUUCCCGUAGAUACACAAUAUGAGAAAUUCCCGAAUUGUUUUCAUGAUGUGGUUCAAAAUCAUUUGCAAUUUUGGAACCUUUCUGACGGAACACCAGGGGCCCAUUUCUCGAACCAUAUUAGGCUAAUAUUAUUCGUGUGUUGUCAUGUACAUACAUACGAUUUGACAGUUUGUAAACUAAUAGUAGGUAAUAUUAGUUUAAUUUAUACCGUUCGAAAAUGGGCCCCAGUAUUCGACGAAUACUAAUAAUAAUAAUAUCAGUGAAUUAAAUAGGUGAUCCGGCUGUAUCCUAUUUCCAGCUCCAAUACUGAUUUAUUCCUGCUUGCUGAUUGCGCUACAGAGUCCUAUUGAGUCACCUGGACCCUGGAGAGCUCAACACAGUCAUAUUCAUAUAAUAUGGGUAUUCUUUCGUUUUAGCUCAAAUGAUUAAAGUGAAUCAAUAUGUAUUUCAUUGUAUAGACUCUUUAUUGCUUCGUUUGUUUUCGUAACCAACAAUAAGGUAGGUACAAUCACCUCUAAAAAUAUUGAUACGAACAAAGUGCCAAAAAUAUGUAUACAUGAUCUUAUUUACCCAUAUAUUAAGGUAUUGUAUGCACUUAUCCCGUAUAUAUAUUUUCAGACGUGACCGUACAAGUCAGAUAAACAUCAGUUUCAUAUAAAAUGCUGAUAAAUACUAAACAAAACAUGUAUUUGUUACAAGGUAAAAUAGUUAUUUGCGAUACAAGUGCGAAAAAUUCGCCGCGAAUUACCUAUUCACACAUGUAUCGUACAACGUUUUACAAUACAUAUGAUGAACCUUUAAAUUUUCGACAUAGUUACAUACUGCGCUAAUUUACGCACUAGUGCGGAAAAGUAGCACCAUAUGUACCUACUGUAAUAGUACAUUACGAUACAAGUGUGAAAAAUAGGAAAUUCGAAACGAGUGGCGAUAAAUUAAAACACGACCGAAGGGAGUGUUUUAAAUGAACACGAGUUGCGAAUUACCUAUUCGCACAUGUAUCGUACAACGUUUUACAGUACAUAUAGCCCUUUAAAUGUUCGACACAGCAACGUAAUAUGCUAAUUUUCGCACUAGUGCGGUAAAGUAGCACCAUAUGUACUGUAAAAUAUAUUUUAAUACAGUUGCUCAAAAAGUGCUACUUUACGUAGCUGUUUAGCGGAAAGUUGGAUUUUGCGAACUAGUGCUUUUUACUUUUCCACCUGUUCCAAUUCAUGACUACUUAUUGAUGAGUGUUAAUGUUAGUUUCCUAUAAAAGUCGUAAUCAACAUAAAAGCCUACUGCUAAUGUAAGAAUAAUAAAUAUAUGUGUAUUUCAUAUUUUAUUACUUACCUCUUCAUCAUCAUAACACGUUUAUUUUUUAAUAUUGAAUAUUGAAAAACUGUUCUUAACAAGUUGUCUGAAUGGAACGGAAUAGCUGCCGAAACGCCUGACAAUGCAGAGGCGUUUUUUCUUACUGCAAGAAUGUUUUAUGUUUCCAAAGGCAACAUUCGAUAUUUUUUUCAUACAAUUUAAAUAUACGAUACACAAAUAAUCGUAAAUAACGGUACUUAGGUAAUAAUAGUAUAAUAUUUUAUAUUUACAAUUGUUUCUGUCUUAUAGAACAUGCAUAAAAAAGUACUUGUUGUUUUUCAUAUUUUUUUGCAACUGUAUUUAAAAACGUCGUUCGAUACACGUGCGGAAAUUUCAUUCUUCACUCGUCCCAAGCCUUGCCAUAUCUCGGUACUCGUGAAGUAAUGACAUACUUUCCGCACUAGCAUCGAAAUGUACUAUUGAAAUGGAGUGCUUACCGCUGCGCAUAACUGGAGAUGCAUCGCGCGACUCCAUAUGUAUGUCAAACGCAACCUCAAGUAUUUUUGACAGUAAGUCAUGCUGAUAGCAAAUACUUCAUUUUAUAGAGAUGAGUUGACGUGUUUUAAUAAUUAUAGAAAUACGAAAAUUAUGUUAAACUACGUUGUAUAAUAUUUAAGUGAAUCACAAAUGUUACACCGAUAAUAUAUUUAGGGUGUCACCACCAUUGCCAUUGCUGUUUUUUUGUACCUAUUGAGUACCGUGCCACAGAACCUUACCAAACAAAAAUACUUAAGAUUUUGUUUUCAUGAUCAUCAAUUACUUUAAGCAUUGUUUACCUAGUUAUCUGAGACCAAUGUUUCUAAUGUGUGUACCUAAUCCUACAUAUGUAAGUAAUAGUAUAAUGAUUAAAUCGACUGGCUCUUUUGUACAAAUACUUAACAAUAUAUCUAUAAAUUCUAUGGAAAAUACUAUGAGUAAUCUUUUAUAUAUAAAACGUGUUAGUUGCUAAAAUGUACGAUCGCCAAAAUGUAUACAAAUGAUAUAAGUACGGCGACGAUUGUUUUAUGUGGCCAAAUACAUUUUUUCCUGAAAUUGUACCCUACUCGGAUUUGUAAUAUGAAUAAGUUUAAUUAAUUAAACAAUAUAAAUUUAGGAGAAAAAAUACUCUUCUCGUUGACAUAUUUUUUAUUAUUUUCAAAGAAGUAUGAGCCUAAAGAAAUUAAAAAAAAGCAGAGGUCUAUCGAAUGUUCCCUUGUAGUUACCGGAAUAAUAAUACGAAUACCUGCUUAUGUUUUUCAAUAAUGUUAUUACAAUUUUAGAUAAAAUAUAUUUGACCAGAUAAGACACCACCUUUGAUACCUAAAACUAUUCUUAUUAUAGUUACACAACACAGUUACAUUGUGUACCUAUGAAAAGUAUCCAGUCUCAAUUUCUUAUUUUCUUAUAACUAUUGUAUUAAGCUACUCAUUUCACAUGAUCGAAUAAAUGUACAAUUAAACCUCCAAACCAAACCUACCUAACCAAACCUAACCUAACCUAACCUAACCUAGCCAAAGUCCAACCAGUCAACUAUGGUCCAAAAACUCGAAUUAUUAUUUUUGGUGUAGCUAUUGUUAUUUUUGAUGCUGUUAAGGAAUAUAAUUUCAUGAAGGUAUGUAUAAUGUGUAAAUAAAACACUACUGGAACGAAUGCCAUUUUAAAGUAAAGCUCGGAUUCAAUAAUACUUAAUGAUAAAAUAAUUUAUUAUCUGAAUUUACUCGUACAUAUUGUUGUUUGGUAUCCAUAUUCAAUCAUUCAAUGGCAGUUAAAUAAUUUAUAAUUUUCGCAUACCAGAUAACCAGUACAGAGCUUUCAGAGAAUCUUCAUAUUAACAAUACCUUACAUGCGGUCUUGCGACCCCCGACCGCAGUGAACUAGUGUAUUAUCAAAAACACGGGCCUUACAUACGCGACAUUCAAUAAAUAACUAAAAUCACUUUGUUAGAGUCAGACCAAGCGGAGUUGGCAGCGAUUUUUAUAGCCCAGACGUUGUAAGUGUUAAGUAAAUGUUAUAAUUUUAUAGAAGUUUAAAAUUGUCUGACUCUGUAAGUGUAAGUGGUUCUCUAUUCUCAACACCCCAUAUUAUAACUGGAAUUCAACUGUAAAUUGGUUAAUUGGUAUGCGAUUCGUAAAUAUACAUGUAACUAAGAAAUUCUCAUAUGACAUUAUCUAAUAGUAUAAUCGACAAUACCUUUUAGUUAUUUUAUCUAAGUAGAUACACAUGGGUAUGGUGUUAAAAAAAUAAAAAUGCCAAUAUGUGCUUCAUAAUGUUGUAUUUCUGUAUUAUCAAUUUGUCUGUUGUUAAUUUGUAUUAUUAAAACCAUAACUGAAA